AUGGCGCCCAGUCCACCAGGCCCGGCUCAUCACCGUGGCCGCCCCCGGCUGCUCCGAUUUCGCCCGCCUCCAGCUCCGGCUCCGGCUCCGGCCCCGGCCCCCCCAGCGCCCGGCCCCGGCCCGGCCCCGCUGCCGCCGCCGCCGCUGACAUCAUCGGCUCCCCCCGCCCCGGUCCUACCCCCACCCCCACCCCCGGAAACAGUCCCCCCCCCUCCCCAGCGCCGCCGCCGCCGAGAGAAGGCCGGCGCAGCGCAGCUGACACCGGCACUACGUUCCAGCGUCCGUGGCCUUGGUCGGGCUGAUCGCAUACAAGGAACCACGGGGCGCAAAGCCACCGGGCGGGGGCGGGCCGGGUUGCAGUGCCCCCGUCACAAUGGCUGGAGCUCUGAGGGGCUCAGGGCCCCUGAGUCAGGAGGAUAAGAGGAAGUCCAAGGAAAGAUGGCUGGCAGUCACCCCUACAACAUGCCUGACUUCACCCAGCCAUCGCAGCCCUCUACUCCACCCAGCCUCCCCUCGCACCAGUGCUGUCGGACCUCCGAUACCACCAAGGGCCUGCUUGUGGCCUUGCUGGGUGGGGGCCUGCCCGCUGGCUUCGUGGGCCCCUUCACCCGUAUGGCUUACCAGGCUUCCCACUUGCCCUCUCUGGAGCUGCUUAUCUGUCGAUGCCUCUUCCACCUCCCCACUGCCCUGCUACUUAAGCUGCGUGGUGACCCACUGCUGGGACCUCCUGAUGUCCGGGGGUGGGCCUUCCUUCAUGCCAUGUUCAACAUCAUCAGCAUUGGAUGUGCCUACAGUGCAGUUCAGAUGGUGCCUGCUGGGAACGCUGCCACCGUUCGUAAAGGUUCUUCCACCUUGUGCUCUACCCUCUUCGCACUCUGCCUUGAGAGCCAAGGACUCAGUGGCUAUGACUGGUGUGGCCUGUUGGGUAGCACCUUGGGACUAAUCAUUAUUGUGGGACCUGGACUAGGAACAUUGCAGGAGGGGACCGGGGAUUUCUACACCAUCCUAGGCUAUGUGGUGGCUUUUCUGGGAGGACUGGCCUUGUUCCUGGGGCUGCAGGUCUACCGAACCCUGCACUUCCCCUCCUGCCUGCUGACAGUGCUCUUCCUAUUUGGUUUGGUGGGGCUAAUGGGCUGUGUGCCGGCACUUUUUGUGCUGCAGACCCCUGUGCUACCCAAGGACCCUUUGAGUUGGAGUUGUGUGGGGGUAGUGGGGAUCCUUGCUUUGGUCUCCUUUGUGUGUGUGAGCUAUGCAGUCACCAAAGCAAACCCUGCUCUGGUGUGCGCUGUUUUGCACUCUGAGGUAGUGGUGGCCCUGAUGCUGCAGUACUAUGUGCUCUCUGAGACUGUGACACCUUUUGACAUCGUGGGGGCAGGGGUCGUGUUGGGCAGCAUUUCCAUCAUCACUGCCCAGAACCUCAGUUGUGAGAAGGAACAACAGGUGGAGGAGUGA